UAAAUACAGAGCAACUUUUUUUUUUGUUCCCCUCUCUUUGGAGUGUGCAGCUGCAACACUUUGUUGAAGGAAAACUAGAAGAAGAAGAAAACGAAGAAGAAGAAGAAGAAGAAGAAGAAGAAGAAGAAGAAGAAGAAGAAGAAGAAGAAGAAGAAGAAGAAGAAGAAGAAGAAGAAGAAGAAGAAGUAGGUAAGCAAGGCGGACAGUGAGCCAUCAGAGAGUUUAAGUCACCGUGAGGGUCCUCCACUAUGAUCCUUUGAGCUCCUCUCCGACAACUAACUCACCGAGCUGCCGGACUGGACUCCGAGAAAAACGGAUCACACCGGAGAGAAGCUCGCUGCUGUUGUGCAUCCAGAGGGAACGCGGACAGAGAUGUAGCGUGUGUGUUGGUGUGAUCGGCGGACCAUCAUGCACCUCUUCCUGCUGCUGAUCCUUCAAGCCACAGCAGCCUUUGGACAGAUCGACCCUGCACACUGUCGCUAUGCCCUGGGCAUGGAGGAUGGACGGAUUAAAGACGAUGACAUCACAGCAUCCAGCCAAUGGUACGAGACCACGGGACCUCAGUACGCCAGGUUGAAUCGUGAGGAGGGAGAUGGCGCCUGGUGUCCUGAGGGACAGAUGGAGCCUUCAGACAGUCAGUACCUGCAGGUGGACCUGGGCAAGUUGACUUUCCUGACGGUGGUCGGGACUCAGGGACGAUACGCCAGGUACUCCGGGAACGAGUUCGCCCGAGCUUACCACCUCAACUACAGCCGGGACGGCCUGCAGUGGAAGUCCUGGAGGAACCGGCUGGGGAACACGGUGAUGGAGGGCAACAAAAACGCCUACACCUCUGUAAUCAAUGACCUUCACCCUCCGAUCAUCACGCGCUACGUCCGACUCAUCCCGGUCACCAGACUGUCCACCACCGUCUGCAUGAGAGUGGAGCUGUACGGCUGUCCGUGGGAGGACGGUCUGAUAUCCUACAGUGCUCCGGAGGGUCAGCUCAUGAUGCCGCCUGGUUAUCCAAUCGCCAGCCUCAACGACUCCACGUAUGACGGAGCACAUGAGAGGAGGAGGCUGUUAGGCGGGCUGGGUCAGCUGACGGACGGUGUGAUCGGCCUGGACGACUUCCUGCUGACGCGUCAGUACCACGUGUGGCCGGGAUACGACUACCUGGGCUGGAGGAACGAUUCGCUGGGAAGUCAGGGAUUCGUGGAGAUGGAGUUUGUGUUCGACAGACAGAGGAACUUCACCUCCAUGAAGGUUCACAGUAACAACAUGUUCCCCCGUGGUGUAAAGAUCUUCUCCUCCGUUUCCUGCUGGUUUAAGCCCCGCCUCAUCGCCGACUGGGAGGCGGAGCCUGUGGCGUUCAAGACGGUGCUGGACGACAGGAACCCGAGCGCCCGCUACGUCACUGUGCCACUGAACCGCCGCACCGCCAAAUCCCUCCGCUGCCGCUUUUACUUUGCCGAUGUCUGGAUGAUGUUCAGCGAAAUCUUCUUUCAGUCGGAGGACACCGUACUCCCGACCCUGAUGCCCCUGGGGUCGACCUCCCCUGCAGUCAAGAAGGACAGCACCAUGUCAACCACUCCUAUGACAGCAGCCAAUCCAUCAGCCAGUGAGCCACCAGAUGAUGGUAACACGCCCAUCCUGAUUGGCUGCCUUGUCACCAUCAUCCUGCUGUUGGUCGUCAUCAUCUUCCUCAUCCUCUGGUGCCAGUACGUCUGCAAGGUGCUGGAGAAAGCUCCUCGUCGGAUCUUGGACGAAGAGGUGACAGUUCGGCUGUCGUCCUGCAGUGACACCAUCAUCCUCCAGACCCCUCCUGUGCCCCCCCGCUCUGGCCACGCCCCAACAGGCACCGCCAACACUGACCCUCACUACGAGAGAGUUUUCCUGUUGGACCCGCAGUACCAGAACCCGGCGGUGCUAAGAAACAAGCUGCCAGAGCUGUCACAGAGUGCAGAGGCCUCAGCUCUCCUCCUCAGUAAUCCUCUCUAUGACCUCCUCCUGCUGACUUCCUGUCACAUGACAUCAGGCUGGCUGCGUGCGUGUGGAGGAGGAUACGCCGAGCCUGACGUCACCCAGUGCACGCCGCACCAGUGUUUCCAUAGCAACGCACCGCACUACGCUGAGACGGACAUCGUGCGGCUGCAGGGCGUCACCGGCAGCAACAUGUACGCCGUCCCCGCCCUCACCGUGGACUCGCUCACCAGGAAGGACAUCUCUGCCGCCGAGUUCCCACGGCAACAGCUGAUCUUCAGGGAGAAGCUGGGGGAGGGGCAGUUUGGAGAGGUCCACCUGUGUGAGGCAGAGGGACUCCCAGAGUUCCUUGGGGAGGGGUCUCCUCUCCCUGACAGAGAUGGUCGUUCUGUACUGGUGGCUGUUAAACAGCUGAGGGCCGACGCCACCAGCCAAGCAAGGAACGACUUCCUGAAGGAAAUAAAGAUCAUGUCUCGUCUGAACGACCCCAACAUCAUCCGGCUGCUGUGUGUGUGUGUGUCGUCCGACCCACUGUGCAUGGUGACCGAAUACAUGGAGAAUGGAGACCUCAACAUGUUCCUGUCGCAGCGGGAGAUCGAGAGCACGCUGACACACGCCAACAACAUCCCUUCAGUCAGUCUGUCCGACCUGUUGCACAUGUCGGUGCAGAUCUCGUCGGGGAUGAAGUAUCUGGCGUCUCUGAACUUUGUGCACCGCGACCUGGCCACCAGGAACUGCCUGCUGGACCGCCGCCUCACCAUCAAGAUCGCCGACUUCGGGAUGAGCCGUAACCUGUACAGCAGCGACUACUACCGCAUCCAGGGCCGGGCAGUGCUGCCCAUACGAUGGAUGGCCUGGGAGAGCAUCCUGCUGGGUAAGUUCACCACGGCCAGUGACGUGUGGGCGUUUGGCGUCACCCUUUGGGAGAUCUUCACUCUGUGUAAGGAGCAGCCUUACAGCCUGCUGUCCGACGAACAGGUCAUAGAGAACACUGGCGAGUUCUUCAGGAACCAGGGCAGACAGAUCUUCCUCUACGGCCCUCCACUCUGCCCACCUUCGCUCUUUGAGCUGAUGAUGUGUUGUUGGAGUCGCGACAUACCGGACCGACCCACCUUCGAGGGACUUUACGAAGCCCUGAGGCCUCAUGUCAACCAGUGAGCUGAGGCUGCUGGGACGUACCACUCUGCGGGUUUGUCCAUCUCUGGACUCCUGUAAGACAACAGACUGACACUAGAAGACAGACGACUGGAAUUGUGUUACAAGAGUAAGUCACUCUCUGAGGGAAUAAAGAAACUAGCAGAACUGUGGUCCGAAGGUUUGCUUUGUGGUCGCAGCAGCACUCUAUUCUGAGAGACAAGAUGGAGGUAGAAAUGGCUGUUCAACUCAGAGGAGAUCCAAACCUUACAGUUGUUAGUAAACAAAGAUUUCUAAGCUUUUUAAAGAUUUCUAUUAUUGCUGAUUUGACAGUUUCAUCCAUCUCUUUAAAGCCCCUUUGACCAAAACGUCUUCUCGGACCUUUUGACAUAUCUUUUUUUUCCAUGUUGUCAUGGGGCCAAAGGUGCCAUAAACUUUAUUUUUCUUCUUUUCUGUGACUUUUACAGAUGCCAACAACUGGACAGACUUUUCAGUCUUGGUCAUUUCUCCUGUCCCUGUGGUUUUUAUUAUUAUUGUAAAGCACUGUCUGUGUCUCAGUUAUUCAUGUUCAUUUAACCCACACUGGAGCUAGGGUUAGGGUCAAAGUGUAGUGUAGUUUGUUUUUAGAUUUUUAUUCUAUUUUAAUUGUUAUGCAGUAUUUCACUUGUGUUGGUCUUUUUUGUGGAUAUGAAUGUUGAUUAGCUGAGGUUCACAUCACGAUGCCAAGAGGCUGCGUUGAUACCUGUGUGGUUCAAAGAGUGCAAGUCAGUCAGUGGGUAACUGUGUGUAAUUAAGGAGAGAAAUUGAAGGGCAGGCACAUUGAAACCAAAAAAUAAAAUGUGUUGUGCCUAUUGUGUUGCCAAAGAGAAAUAAAGAGUGUAAAUGAUAAAACAAUAUCAUGAUAAUGCAUUUGUAAAAGAAAAAGUAAUUGUUGUGAAUGGACUAAACAAUGUACCAUUACCAUCUGCCAGUUGGUGCAUGCUUAAAUUCAAAGUGCCUUACAUUUGUAACAUGAGUGGAAACUAAGCCAACAUUAACAACACGAGUACUGAUAGCAGGGACAGUAUCUAAUGCAAAGAUCUAAGGUCAAGGUAUCACUUUACCUGUGUCUGUGCUGGGGCCUAUAAAAUGUACUUUAAAUGUGUAUAUGUCUAUGUUGGAGCCCGGAGACCUGUAGGUGUAUACAUUAGCCAGCUAACCAUAGAGCUAUAGGAGUUUCACAUUUUAAGUUUGUAUUUUCAUCACUAGAAUUGAACUUAAAUUAUGAUUGAAAUAUUCACCAAACUGUGACGGGGGCUUUGCAGCAUCUCAAACUAGGAUAGAGAUAAAAAGCUAGCAAGUAGUUAUACCCGUUUGGUUAACGGCAAAUCCACACUGAGAGUGUUUUUGACGUCCGUCACUCAUUCGUCUCCAGGAACUGAUGUGCUUCCUUUUUACUAAACGUAUGAAUCCAUACUGAGAGACGCACUGUGGUUCUUUACGCUUCAAAUCCAUUGUUGUCGUUUAGUAGGAGUAAUCUACGUAGACAGCUGUUUAAAUCACACAAAUAUUUAGCUGUACAUGUUUGUUUAUCUCUGUGAGCGUGCCUGUUUCACAAAAGGCAGAUUACCCUCACUCACUAAUGUGGGCGGGGAAAUAAAAUCAUUAGGUCUACAUUGAAACACUGUUGAUGUCCUGAUUCUUAGUUAGCCAGCCGCUGUCUACUCAGCUCCCCAGGACGGCACAGAGUCAGAGGGGACGACAGAACUCUUACGUCAACCCGUUAGUACUGAAGACAGUGAAGACACUAAAGCCCUGUUGAGAGAGUAGCACAGUCUCUGCUAAUGUACUUGCUAAAGAGCUCGCUACUUCUCUGGGGUUCAUACAUGCAACUACCUUUUUUUCUUGCUGUCUAACUAACUAACUAACUAACUAGCAAAAUACUCAGCAAGUAAGCUCGGUUAUGCUAAAACCAGGUUUGUCUUCAUUCUAAAAACUGUGGAGACGUUAGAGCUUUCACCAAAUGAGUUUGGUCUUCGCCUAGUUGGACAGUGCUAUGAUUAGACUAUCUCUGGUAUGAUGUUAAAGACAUGCUAUAGCAGCUGAGCUAAUCACACCAUACACAGGUAUCAUUUCGGUGAGCGGAGACGAGAAACAACAUGUACAAUUUUGGCUGAACGUAGCAGAACUACUGUGUUAGGGAGGGACCCUCUGAGCUGAGGGCCAAUUAGCCACUAGAGACUGAGGGAGAUGGACAGAUGGAGCCAUCAGACAAGUCCCGCCUCUCACUGCAUUAUCCAGCCAAUCACUGCAGUCAAUCCUAAUGCCCUGCAAAAGAUUCAUUUAAAAACACUUCUGCAAUUGAAAGGCUAAAGUAAUUGCCUUUUAUAAAAUCAAUACAGAUUGUUGUUCACCCAAUAGCAUUUGAAAGAGUUUUGUUUGCAGAACUAAUGCGGGAUAGAUGCAGGACAAAACAAAACAAAUACAGUUCUGUUGACUUUACAGUUUCUAUUUUCAGCAAUCUGAAGUAAACUAUGGAAAGGUGGACGUGGAGAAUACAUGUACUGCAUCAUUUAUUAGCCAUAAUAUCAGGAUAACUGGAGGAAGUAAAAGGUGAUUGGUCAACAUUGCAUCUGGAUUAACAUGUGUGAUUAGGUUUAAGGCGGAUCAUUGUCAACAUUAUUAAACAUUGUUUUUUUGUUCCAGUAUGUUUAUGUUGUAGUCACUUUGUUAGUGUUAGUGUGUAUUAUGUGCAUUACAUGUGUGCAGUAUUUUGAAUCCUCUCUGUUAAACAUGUCAAAUGUAAAUCAAUAUCACCUUCACAGGAGAGAAGGAGGAAGACCAACUAUGUUAAGUUUCAGUGUGUUUGUUGUUACCGUAGUGUUUUUUUAUUUUAAAUAUCUGUACUGUAUCUCACUUCUAUGAGUGUGUGUAUGCAUGUGUUUAAGAGAAAAUGAGUUUUGUGAUCGAGUGUUUGUGACAUUCCUUUGAGCACUGGGAGCUAGUUGGGAUUAAAGUGUUUAACCGGAGUUGCUCUGUUGAGUCAAAUGAUGUGAUUCAAUGAGGGCAAAGAGACGUUUUAAAGCAAGAGGACAGGAAGUAAGGAAACCACUAAACUCAAUCUCCCAGAGUCCUUUGCUACAGUGAGCCUGUGUAUUUUGUUCUGGUUCCAUUAGAGAAAUAGUGUACAGUAUAAGUGAUCUAUAAUAUCUCAGUGUGUGAAUGCAGAUCACGUGUGAUAAUUGUUAUUGAUAUAGGAGCUGAUUCUCUGAUUAUUUCUAUUCUGGGAAGGUGUUGGGUUCUUUUCUUUUUUUCCAACAGGAAUUUGAACAUUUCUGCUUCAGACAUGUAUUGUACAUAGGCUAGUAGCUGUGUAUAUUAAUAUAUUGGGAGGUGGGAACUGUGUGUUCUGUCAUCCCAAGUCAUUUUCACUCUGUACCCUCUCAUGUCUCCGUUUGUUUUUCUUAUAAUAAACAGUCAAUUUUGUCAAACAGAA